AUGUCAUCCUCAUCCAUCAACCCGGACGACAUCAAUCUGCUAGCGCAAUUUCUAGCCCACGAACAAAUCCCAGCAUCAUCCCACCCCCCAAUCAAUACCGACUGCAUCGUGAUAUGUGUUUCGGCAGUGCUUUAUCCCGCAGAGGCCGUCUUCAAACACCUGGAGCGCAACCUCCAAUUAACUAAAACACUCGUUCUAUGUGGUGGAAUCGGCCACUCCACGCCUCAUCUCUACGAGGCCGUAUCGAGGCACCCAGACUACGCACACCUCGUCCCAGAAAUUACAGGCAAGCCAGAAUCUCACGUCCUUCAUACCAUCUUCACCCGGUGCUUUGAUGCCACCUUCAUUCAGAAAUCCGGCUGCACGGUUCUACUAGAAGAUAAGUCCACGAAUUGCGGACAGAAUGCCUUAGAAACACGGGCAUUAUUGGCAAGGAAUGGUAUCCCGGAACCUAAAUCUAUGAUUGUUGUGCAGGAUCCGACCAUGGCUCGGCGGACGGUUGCCUCAUUUGAAAAGGCGUAUGCCCCGAGGCCUCCGAAGUUGCUCAGCUGGCCGAUUAUAGUGCCUCGAGUUAAGGUCGAGGAGGGUGAGUUGGUAUAUAAUGAUGACGAUGGUAGUAUGCCAGGGGUGACGGGAACAUUGUGGAGUAUGUCACGCUUCUUGGGUCUGGUUCUGGGUGAGAUUCCACGGCUGAGAGAUGAUGAGCAUGGGUAUGGGCCCAUGGGGAAGGGGUUUAUUGGUCAUGUUGAUAUUCCAGAGGAGGUUGAACACGCGUAUUCUAGGGUCCAAAGGGGGAUAGGAGAAGAUUUGGCAAAGAGAUAG